AGGUCAGUUUAUAACAACUCAAAGUGAAGCACAUAUUCUGCUUAGUUUGAAUCGAAAAUUUUCUUCUCAAGCAUUAAAAAAUUUUCAUUUCUUAAUUAAUAUUCUAGUUUAAGUUCUAGUGCUUAAAAAACAGAAAGUUUCAAAAACUCGUAAUGGCUGAAAAUCAAGAUUAUGGAAAUGGUGAAGAAAUGCACCACGAUAACGAAUAUAAUGGAAAUGGAAUGGAGGGUCAAGAUAAUAGCUAUGACCAACAGCAACAGCAGCAUUCCAAUGGAAACAACGAGAAUUCAGGACGCGAUGACGACAGAAAAUUAUUUGUCGGUGGACUAAGCUGGGAAACCACAGAAAAGGAACUCCGUGACCAUUUCGGACAAUAUGGCGAGAUUGAAAGCAUCAAUGUUAAAACAGAUCCAACAACAGGACGCUCACGUGGUUUCGCUUUUAUUGUAUAUCAAAAUGCUGAUUCCAUUGACAAAGUGGUUCAAGCUGGUGAUCAUAUUAUAAAUAAUAAGAAGGUUGAUCCGAAAAAAGCAAAAGCUCGCACUGGAAAGAUUUUUGUUGGUGGUUUGACAACAGAAAUCAGUGAUGAUGAAAUAAAAGCUUAUUUUGGACAAUUUGGAAACAUCACGGAAGUUGAAAUGCCAUUCGAUAAGCAAAAAAAUCAGCGAAAAGCUUUCUGCUUUAUAACAUUCGAUUCUGAGCAAGUAGUCAACGAGCUUUUGAAAAGUCCUAAACAGACAAUCAGUGGAAAGGAAGUUGAUGUAAAGAAAGCGACUCCUAAACCUGAGAACGCUCCAAUGAUGGGUGGACGUGGGGGAGGUCGCAAUAUGCGUGGAGGACGUGGUCGCGGAGGAUAUCAAGGUGGAUGGGGCAGCAGCUAUGGUGGCUACGGAGGUUCAUAUGGUGGUAACCAAGGCUCUUAUGGAUAUGAUAACUACCCGAGUGGAUACGACUAUAACAACUAUGGUGGUGGAUACACCCAAGGCUACGACUCAGCAGGCUACAACAACUAUGGCGGCUCAAGUGGCGGCUAUGGAGGAAAUUAUGGUAAAUACAGCAAUUAUCAAAGUAGAAAUCAAAACCAACAUUAGGACAGCUUGCGAUAGAUAUUUGCUAGAAAAAAAUCGAAGUAAAUCGAGCAAUCAUAUCUUCGCACAAAAAUGUCUUAAAUAUCAAAGAGAAGUAAAAAAAAAUAAUCUGUAAAAAUAAAAAAAAAUCCUUAAAAAGUUAAGUCAAGUUGACUACAGAAACAAAAAUAACCCUCCAUUGAUAACGUUGCAUAUAUGAUGUAACAUUAAAUCUUAUUGACACUUUAACAGACUUCAAUUUCACAUAUUAUAUAUAGAUAUAUAUAUAAAUGUGCGCAAGAUUUUGUUUCUUUUUUUCUUUAUCAGUAAAUUCGUGCGCUUUUUUAAAAAAUCUAGACAAAUAUAUCUGUUUCAAAUGAAAAAAGAUUUCAAUAAUUGAUUAAUUCAAGUAGACAUUUCUCUGUUUCUUAUGUAUAUUUCGGUUUUGCUAAUGCUAUGUUUAGCUUUAAAUAUUUGAAACAAGGAGCAAGACACCACAAAAUACCUCGUUAUAAUUUACAAAACGGUUUUUAAAGUCUGUCACUUUUUGUAUGCUUAUAAGUUACCAGGAAACUAAUAAUAUUCAUUGAGUAUUGUUGAAAGAUAAUCUAUUCGACGAUGAUAUUAUUAAUAGAAGAAAAGAAAAAGAUGGAAUGAAAGUGCCUUCCUAUUGAAGCUUUUAUGACUUUCUGUAGAUAUACAUAAAUAGCAAAGACUUUGUCUACAAUGAACCCUUCUAUAUAUUCUGUAUAUAUAGAUAAUAUAUCUAUAUCUCAAGGACGCUUGUCCUGAAAAUGUUUCAAUAAGUAGAUGAAUGCUUAUUCACAUAUUUGAUCGCGUAAAUUUUUCAAUAGUAGAAAGUAUCGUGGAUGUUUUGUACGCAUUGAUGAAAAAGGGAUUGAAGACUUUGAAAGCAAGAACAUAGAUACUUUUCCUGUUAAAACUUAAUGAGGUAUUUUGGCACAUGUUUUAUUUUUUAUAUUUUCCUCCUUUUUCUAUCGUAAAUAGUUAAGUAACAAAUUAGCUUUUCUUUUUAAUGGAAUAGCGAAAGCAUGAAGAACUUCUGAUAAAAAAAGGUUUAUUAUACAUACAUACAUACCUACAUAAAUAAAUACAUAAAAAAGUUAAAUGAAAGAUUGAGAUAAAAUAAGCAUACAAAAUUGAAAAAAGUGUUGAAAUAAUCUCCCAUCUUUCACUAAUUUUAGAUCAUAAAGAUUUUUUAUGGAUUUACUUUUAAGCAUUUAAAAAAUCGUUCUAUAUAAGUUAUGGUUAAUGCUACAAUAUUUACAUGAAGAAACAGACACUGUUUUUCAUGCAUUUGAAAGUUUGAAGAAUGAAACUGAAAAGGUUAAGAGCGAUAAAUAAUUUAAGAUCAAACAAAUUUCAUUUCGAUUGUGUUUUUUCCGAUUUUUUUUUUGAUUUAAAUGUGAGAGUUUCUGCAUUAUUACUUUGGCAACAAAUCAAGAAAAGAUUUUUAAAAUAACAGCCAAUAUGGCAAUAUCAUUCUUUCAAAAAUUAUCUUCGUACGAUAAAAGCUAUUUCUGGUUCAGACCGUUUUUCCAUUUUUUAAUGCUUAUAAAUGACAUAAAUAUCAAUAUUUUCUAUUGCAUGUUUCCAAUGUUAUUUUGAAUUAUCUUCUGUACAGUUUUUUUCAUAAAUUUUCAAAUGUGGCCGCCUCAUGAGUUAUUAUUUAGUUGUUUUUUCGAUAUUCAAACUUUUCAUCAAGUUUUCUCUAGAGAUUAAAUUUCAUUAUUGUCAAAUUUUAUGUAUAUUUUCAAGAAAUCUUAUAUUUCUGAUUUGUUUUCUGAACUUAUCUGAGUUUUUGUUUUUGUUUUUGAUUAAAAUGUUUUAAGUUCGAACCUUAAGAACAAAUCAUUAUUAAUACCUCAAAUAAUAUCUAUAAAAAACGAACUAUAAAACCAAUUGCUUCUGUAAAUUUAAUGAAGAAUCGUGAACCUACUUUAAAUUUUCAUUUUAUUCACCAUCGUGAAACAAAAGAAUAGUAAAAACUUGUUCUUGUUUAGUUUACAGAUUAAACUAUAAAUGGAAGAGACAAAUCCUCAAUAGAUCCUUUUCUUAAACUUUUUUUUCGCUGUAAUUUGUUAAUUAAAAGAAUGAUUAAAUAACAGAAAUGAGGUGGUGACACAUUUUGAGAUGGAAAGUAGAGAAAAAGGUAAUGUUUUGAUGAUACAUGAGAAAUACAUUGAGAAACAUGUACUUAAAGGCAAACCAAAAUCGUUAUAUUAGGAUAAAGAAAACUUUAUUUUUUCUGAAAGUUUUCUGUCCUAAAAUACGAAUCUAAAACAUUUGUUAAAAACAAAAGAAAACGCUCUGGAGGUUGAUGUUUUGUCUUAAAGAAUAUUCAUCAUUGCAGAACCAAUCCUCUUGAGUCUAAACUGAUAAAGUGAAUGAGAAAAAUCCGAUUAGAUUUGCCAAAACAUGUAAUCCCAACAAAACGAAGAAAUUUGGAAAUAAAAUUCUUUCAAGGAGAAA